CCCAUGCCAGUUGAGACUUUGAGAGUUGCCAGUCACUUUCGAACGUGCCGUAAAUCGGCCGUAUUUCUGGCUGAUUUUGAAUUCGAUCCUUCGACGUACGGCAUGACUUAUCGCCGACAACCCAGGACGCGAUCCUCGUUGUGAUUUAUUGGCUUGCGAGUUUUGCCCCCUUUUUUCCUGCCGGUUUCCAUCUCAAUUCCUGUGAGUACGUUUCUGCCAGCAUGUUCUAUCACAACCAGGCUAGAUUAUAGUUUGCGUGCGUUUGGGGCUGAAAGGACCUAUCUGUUGAUUGCCCCCAUUGGUAGGAAAGUGAAGAUUUGGGCAUCUGAUCUGGCUUUAGGAUACAAGGAGGAAGAACUCCCUGAUGUAUAGUCACUAGAGUCAGCACAUCGGGGAGUGAGACAACCCUUCGGAGUGAAAGUUUAAAACAAUAGUUAAUUAAAGGCAAUGCCUGUGCACCAUAAUGAUGUCGGAACUAAGACAGCCAUUAUCUCGAUAUGUGUUAUUUUUGCAGUUUCAAUAUCAGCUCUUGUUUAUAUAUAUUUUAGCUUUCCAAAAUUAGACGAGGAGGAAAAGAGAUAUAUCAAAAUUCCUUAUGAUAUUGAAGAUGCCAAGAAACUGGGAAGGGUCUUGGACCGUUAUAAAGAUAGAUAUUAUUUUGAAGUACUGAUUGCUGUAUUUGUAACUUAUAUAUUUUUGCAAACUUUUGCAAUUCCUGGAUCGAUAUCGUUGUCCAUCCUAGCUGGUUUUUUAUUUCCUUUUCCUUUGGCUAUAAUCUUGGUCUGCUUCUGCUCAGCAACAGGGGCUUCACUUUGUUACCUCAUCUCAUUUUUUGCUGGAAGGAGACUUAUAUACAAGUAUUUUCCUGAAAAAGCAGAUAAAUAUUCUGCAAUGGUUGAAAAACACAAAGAUCAUAUUUUUAAUUAUAUGAUUUUUCUGAGGGUGACCCCAUUCUUGCCAAAUUGGUUUAUCAACAUAGCUGCUCCAGUAAUAAAUGUUCCACUGUUACCAUUCUGGCUAGGAACAUUCUUAGGUGUAGCACCACCUUCAUUUGUGGCAAUUCAAGCUGGUAAAACAUUGAACCAGCUCUCCUCAACAUCUUCUUCUUUCUCAUGGACGACAGUUCUAUUACUGGCUGUCUUUGCUGGCCUUUCACUGGUCCCGGUCUUCCUCAAGAACAGAUUAAAGAAGAAAUUUGACUAGAACGGACCCACCCUAGUGCACAUCGUCAGGACUAUAACCCAUACUGUAAUAGUCUUUAUUAUUGUCAACUCGUCAGCAGUGAGAUUACAGCUCAAACUGCCUUCACUUGAGCAACCUGAAAUACUUGUUUGACAUUGUGGAAUUGACACGGCUUCAAUUGGAUAUUGACACUAGCACCUGUGUCUGGCUUACUGUACUAGGGCAAAUAAAUCGUUUUUCAUGCACAUCGAGAUAUGGCGUGGCAAUAACUUUUAAAGAAAAAUUUCUGUCUUGAGAUUGUGCAUUGUUAAUAUUUGAUGCAUUUUCAAAUCUGUGAUUUUCAGUGUGCACUUAACAUGCCUUUAUUAGAGAUCUAUACAGUCCAUUGUAGUUUUCUAUAAAUUAAUAAGGUAGUAAGUAAUGAGCCAAUAUUCAUACUGUAAUCAAAUAAAUUUACAGAUUUUUUAUUUAGUUAAAAAAGUAAUAAUACCCCAAAAAACAAAUUAAAUGGAAAUUACAUGAAUUACACUUUUUUAAAUUUUCAUUCAAAUUCAGUGUUUUUUAAGACUGAAUUGCUUGAAGAGUAUUUGUACGUCAUUGACAAAAUAUUGGAGUUCCUACAUUGAUAGAUUAAAUGCUGUGUUUAAGCCAGUAUUAUGUACAAAGCCAUACAUAUAUUUCACUAACCCCCCUCCCCCGUACACAAAUAAGAUAUUUCUUUAUUCGUCAGUUAACUUUUAAAAAAUUUCUGUAAGUAAAAUCAUCUGUCCGACAGUUAAUGACAGGGGAGUAAUGUUUUUGUAAUUGCAUUUACCUCAGGAUAAGUUAUACUUUUUUUUUUAAUUGACAUAUAUUUCAGCAAGUGUGGACUUAGUUGCAUGCAAAUGUGCUUGCUUAAAUAAAGUUUUUAGUACCUACAUGCUAAAUCAAGCUAAUUUUUAAUAAAGCUUGUAUAACAACUUAAUAACGUUUAUUUUCUAUUGCAAACAAAAGUACACCUAAGAAAAAAUUUAUAAUUUGCACGACAAUAAUAAAUUUUAAUAUGACUGAAGAGCUAACGUGUAAAUUAGUACACCUCAUUUUCACAUGAUUAGCACAAUAUUAAUUGCUUUCCGAGGUGUCAGAGGUGAUGCAAGCUUAUCCACACACCAGUGUUUUCUGUAUGAAUGUAAUUAAUUGCUAUUUUAAUUUCUAAAACUUCCAUAAUUUUUUUUUUCUUCUUUCUAGCCUUAUGUUUUAAAAGUACCAUUUAGUUUUUAAAUUGUGGACCUCAAACCCUGUAUGACAGUGAUCUUUUUCCACUUGUUAUUUUUCAGAGGAGAAAUCUGUCAAAUGUAAAUUUAUAAAUUUAGGCUAAAUUCUACACAUUGAAAACUUAACUAAAAACUUUUUCAGUCACCUUAUCACUUCACUUACAUUAAGUUGAUAUUUCUUUCAAAUUGUUUCAGAUUUCUAAGUGGAACCUAAUUUUUCAGAGUCUGUACAGCAAGUUUAGAUCUACACCUGAUUCCCCAAUUACUCUGUACAUUAAUUCUUGUUUGAUGUAUUUAAAACUAUCAGCUCAUAUUCUUUUUAUUAAGCUUUAUUAAAAUUACAUUAGACUAACCAAGUCUUUAUAUUUACUGAUGACCUUAUUUGACAUUCAUUAUUGUAAAUAUAUUUAUAAACAUUGUCACUUCAAUUAUUAAACAGUAUUAUUUUUUACAGACAAGUUUACUUUUACUGCAGUUAUUACUUACUUUCUGAAUUUAUAUAUAUUUGUACAGAUUUGAUUUUCAUUUUUGUAAAAUAAAAUACAAUAUUUUAUUUAUGAUAUACAAACAAAUUAAAAUUAUGUAUAUUAAAACUUGUUUUCAAGGUCAUGGGGCCAAUAUAAGUGAUUGUAGGUCUGCAAUUAAAUGUGCCUGAAUUUACAAGAUUUUUCAAAUAUGAAGAUGUUUAAUGUGUUCAUAUCAAUAAAUACAAAUAAAGAUUUUAAAAAAAAGCAAAU